AGAACCCAGCGGGGACUUGGGAAGGAUUCAGUUUGUGCUGGGACACUCUGGCUCCACCAUGGACCGAAGGAAAAAGCCCCUGGACGUCACGGCCUCCUCGUUGGUAGACCUUAAGGCCGAACUCUUUCGAAAACAAGAAGAAUUCAAACAAGAAAAACUUCUAAAAGAUUCUGGAGUUUUGGGAAAACCAAAAACAACUAAUAAGAAACCAAGUAUCUGGAACAAACAGAAUGCAGGAGUUUCAAAUCGCGCUGAGAAGGAUGCGGAACAGAAGAUUGAGGAACAGAAGACUUUAGACAAAGCAAGGGAAAAAUUGGAAGAAAAAGCUAAAUUAUAUGAAAAAAUGACCAAAGGAGACUUUAUAGAUGAAGAAGUGGAGGAUAUGUACCUUGUGGAUUUCACGCAGAAGAUGAUAGACAAGCACAAAGAAAUGGAGUCAUUUGGUGCCAAUCGAGAUUCUAGAAAGGCAGGAGAAAGAGAUGAGGAUGAAGAAAAUCUUUCUGAAACAGAUAUACCUCCUCCCCAGGACCCCAGUGAAGAAUGGGUGGACUAUGUGGAUUCCUUAGGGCGAUCCCGGCGCUGCAUGAAAAAGGAUUUGCCACAUCUGCUGGAGAUGGAUAAAAAUCUUCAGGGGAGGCUUUUUGUUAGUCCCGCUAAUGAAAAAACCUUACUAUCUGAAGACAUGAGAAAAGAACUUCAGCGCCAGCAAUGGGAGGAAGAAGAACGGGAGGCCCUGAAAAGGCCAAUGGGGCCUAUACAUUAUGAAGACAUUCGUGAAAAUGAGGCCCGGCAACUUGGUGUUGGAUAUUUUGCCUUUGCCCGAGAUAAAGAGUUAAGAAACAAGCAAAUGAAAACUUUAGAGAUGCUGCGUGAACAGACAACAGACCAGAGAACAAAACGAGAAAACAUAAAAGAAAAGCGAAAGGCUAUGUUAGAAGCAAGACUUGCCAAACUUCGACAAAAAAAGAUGAAAAUAUCAAAAGAUGAUGGAGCAGAGGAAGAAAGUAAAGAAAUAGAUGGAAAUGUUAUUGGGCCUUUGCCACCAGAACCAGAGGCCAUGCCAACUCCGCCUAUUGCUGCCCAGCGUAGCAAAGUAGAAGUCAUCGUUCAGGAGAGGAAGGACACCAGGCCCGGAGUGCCACACGUCCGGGAGUGGGACAGAGGAAAAGAAUUUUCCUUUGGGUACUGGUCGAAGAGGCAGUCAGAUCUCCGGGCUGAAAGAGAUCCUGAGUUUGCCCCACCGUCGGAUUACUUUGUGGGUCAAAAGAGAACUGGUUCUUUCAGUAGCCAGACAUGGAGCAGACCUGCGCCUGCACAGAGUGACGCAGGGCAGCACCCUGGCCAAAGCCAUGACCCCAGCUGUUCACAUACAUCACCCACUCCUGCUCCCAGCAGCCCACCACAAGCCCCCAAGGUCACUUUUGAAACUCUGGAUGAUAUGAUAUCUUAUUAUAAACAAGUGACAUGAACUUAAAAAUCAUUCUGACUUGGGUCCAUGCUGUUGGUGGUGUCUUUUUCUCUUAGAGCAGAGAAAAUGACUUGAUUUUAGGAACUGAAAUGUAACUUUGUUUUCCUGCCCUUUCCCUAGAAGAUAGAGGUUGGAUUUGUCAACAAGGAAGAAGGUGAAUGGUACCUUGGGAAAUCUGUGGCCAUGUGGCCAUUCAUUUCUUUCUAAUUUGUAUAGCGAGAUAUUCAUGUGGCUUUAGGUGUGAUGGAAUAGAAAUAUUCUGUAAUAUUUGACACCAAGGAGUUUGUAAUCCUGUCUUUCAUACCUGCUCCCAUGACUUACUCAGAUUUAAGGGCUCCAUUCCUUCUGCAGAUGUUAGCAUGUAGAUGUCUUUUUUCCAAAGAUUCAGCUUUCAGAUCAGUUGAUGGAGCAUCUAUCAGGAGGAACUAUUGCCUGUCAAAGAGUGGCAAAUGAAGAGACACUGUGGGCGACGAAGUGGUCUAGUUUUCAAGAGGACAUCUCAGUGUCAUCUUUUCAGCAGCAGACAGGCAGUUGGAGUUGGCCACCAGGCCCACAAGACUCCUACAGCCACUUCCCAAGCCAGUGAGUCCUGUAAGAAUGUGCUACAACAGUUCCUCAAGCACCCACAGGAGCCCACCUUUCUCUGGGCUCUGUGGUGCACAUGUUUUUUGUUCCCACAGCACAGCGGUGUUGACAUAAGUGCUCCCAUUCUCAUUACAGAUUGCGAAUUGGAGCGUAAAGAAGGUCAAUGACUUGUACAAGGUCAUAUGGCAUCUAAAUGGCAGAUCUAGGACUUAAACACAGUUUAAGCUUAGGUUUGCUGCAGACUCAUGCUUUCUCCAACGCCUUCUACUCUCAGUCUUGUUGCUCCAAUAUCAAGCAAUAUUAGACAAAAUUUCCAAAUUCCUGAGAACCUCUAGACUCCAUAUUGGGCAAAGUUGCAGACUUAUUAAUGGUCAUUCUGUCAACCUAAUCAGGGAAAUACCUCUUAUCAAAUACUAGAGUCCUGGUGCACAAAACUCAUGCUCUGGGGGUGGGAGGUUCCCUCAGCCCAGCCUGCGCACUCUCGCAGUCUGGGAUCCCUCUCGCAGUUCGGGGCCUUGCAGUCUGGGACCCCUUGCUCCUUACCGCCUGCCUGCAGUGGUGGUGGGAGAGGCUCCUGCCACCACUGCUGCACUCGCCAGCUGUGCCCAGCUGCCCCCUGUUGGUCAGUGUGCAUCAUAACAACCAGUUCUGGUCAUUCCGCUGUAAGGGUCACUUAGGCUUUUAUUAUAUAGAUACAUUAAAACCAACUAACCUGGCUGCCUUUUUUAUAGAAAUUGGACAAACUAAUCCUAAAAUUUAUAUGGAAUUGCAAGGAACCCAGGCUAUCCAAAACAAUCUUGAAAAAACAAAAUUGGAGGAUUCACACUUUCUAAUUUUAAGACUUGCUACAAAGCUAUAAAAAUCAAAACAAUGCGGUACUGACAUAAAGAUAAACACAUAGAUUAAUGGAAUAGAAUUGAGAAUUCAAAAAUAAAUCCAUACACUUAUGGUCAACUGAUUUUUGACACUGGUGCCAAAACUGUCUAAUGAGGAAAGAACAGCUUUUUCAACAGGAUUCUGUGACAACUAACUACCCACAUGCAAAAUAAUGAAUUUGGAUCCAUAUCUCAUGCCAUAUACAAGACAAACUCAAAGUGGGUCAGAGACCUAAAUGUAAGAGCUAACAGUAUAAAACCACUGGAAUAGCUUGUAGAACAAAAGAAGAGGAGACAAAAAGAAAAACUGGAAUAUUAAAAAAAAGAAUUAUUAGCUCUCCUGACUCAUAAGAAAAACAAAAAGAAAAGAAGG